GCAACAUGACACAGGACAGGCAAAUGACAUGGAUAAUAUAAUUGCAUCUGUNAAAGAUCUUGAAGUCACACCAGAGAGGAUUAGAAAAUUUUUACCUAAAGUUAAUUGGGAUCUUAUAGCUUCCAUGUAUGUUGGUGGCCGUACUGGUGCUGAAUGUGAAUCAAGGUGGUUGAAUUAUGAAGAUCCUUUGAUCAACCAAGGUGCGUGGACUAAGGAAGAGGACAAGUCCCUUUUACUUAUUGUAUACAUGUAUCAGGAAUUGGUUCGAAAUUGCUGCAUCAUUGGGCACAAGCUUUAUUGUAUACAUGUAGUUUGGGAAUGAGAUUGUUGAGAGGGAGAAGAUAGCCCCUCUUAU